AGCAUCAAAGCAUCAGUGGCGAUGACAACGACAGAGAAACCGGCUCAUUCAGGAAAAAACUGCUCAGUGAUUUAGGAGCUUCUGUUGGAGAUGAUUCUGGAUGUAAUUCCAGCUUCUCAGAGGAUGUUUCCGGUUCGGAGGGACUGACCUGUGAGAUCUCAGAGGAGGAACAAAGCUUUUUAAUGACAGAAUCAGACACAACCAGCAUAGACGGCAAAAUGAUUCCCAGCAUUCUCGGAGAGGGAGAGGAGGAGGCCUGGCAUGGUUCAGGUGUUGAAAGCUGCAUUGUUGCUGAUACUCAAAUGAGCAGCUUGGCUCCUCCUCCUUCCCCGCCCAUCAUCCAGUGGGACAUAGAAGUGCCAACGCAUCUUGUUGGUCGAUUGAUCGGGAAGCAGGGAAAGUUUAUGAACUUCCUCAAGCAGAGCUCUGGAGCAAAGAUCUACGUCUCCACCCUGCCGUUCACUCACGAUAUUCAAAUCUGCCACAUUCAGGGCUCACAACAGCAGGUGGAUGAAGCUCUCUCUCUUGUCAGGAAGAAGUUCAAAGAUCUGGAUCUGAGUAAUUGUGCUCCUCUGCCCUGCCUGCCCAUCACAUCCUGGCUGCUGCUUCCUCAGGAUGUGUUUGUGGAGGUGAUGGUGUCGCGGGUGGAGGCGGCUCAUCAUCUGUUCGUUCAUCAGCACAGUCAUCCAUCUCACCAGGUGCUUCCCACACUCAUACAGGCCAUGCAGCUCUGCUACUCUCAGCCGGGGUGUCCUAGCCUGCCCACUCCUGUUGAAGUGGGUGUGGUCUGUGCCGCUCCGGUAACAGGAAGUGGCUGGCAGAGAGCACAGGUCAUUCAGUAUGAUGGAGAGACUGGCACCACUCAUAUCAGAUAUGUAGAUAGCGGAGGAUACGACACCGUGAACAGCACCACCCUCAGGCAGAUCAGGUCAGACUUUGUGACGUUACCUUUCCAGGCUGCAGAGGUUCUGCUGGACAAUAUCAUGCCUUUGCCAGGUGAUGAGGAGUUUUCUCUGGAAGCCAAAGAAGCACUGGAGGAAUCAACUGCUAAUGUGGCCCUAAUUCUAAAGGUGACUGGCAGUCAAGAUGGACUUCCUCUGGUGCACCUGUGGAAACAGGCAGGAGACGAGAUGGUUCUGAUCAACAGAUCACUGGCUGAUCAAGGGUUUUUCAGCUGGUUUGACACUCAGUGAUCCUCCCAACACCCAUUCACACCGUAAAUCCUCUUUUACACUUAAGUACAUUUGUUUGUUGUACGGAGAUUGUGUUGGAAACCUCAUUUUUGAAUAUUUUUAUUUAAAAUGUUGAUAUGAUAUAA